AUGCCAUCCCCGCCGGGCCCCCUGCGCCUGCCCCCCGUCGACCCCACAGCCACCCUGGAGGAGCUCGAGGCCGCACGGCUGAGUUUCCGUAGCUUCCGCUACCAGGAGGCGGCGGGGCCCCACGAGGCCCUGGCCCGGCUGCGCGAGCUGUGCCACCGGUGGCUGCGGCCCGAGGCGCGCUCCAAGGAGCAGAUGCUGGAGCUGCUGGUGCUGGAGCAGUUCCUGGGCGCCCUGCCCCCCGAGAUCCAGGCCUGGGUGCGGGGGCAGCAGCCCGGCAGCCCCGAGGAGGCCGUGGCCCUGGUCGAGGGGCUGCAGCAUGACCCUGGGCGCCUUUUGGGCUGGAUUACGGCCCAUGUCCUAGGGCGGGAGGUGCGCCCAGCAGCCCGGAAGGCAGGAGGCCCCUUGCCGUCGGGAGCAGCAGAGCCCUCUGGGGCAGCCCCCGUGGAGGGCCCACAGCUUGCUCAGGUGGACGGGCCGGUCCAGCUCAGCUGCAGCGUGAAAGAAGAGCCGGAUGCCGAGCGGCAGGAGAUGGCUCCUUCAGCCCCUCCGCUUCCAGCCCCGUUCUCCGAGAGGCGUCCUGACCAUCAGAAGCCGGCCUCCACGGCCUUCCUCCCUCCCAGGAUUCAGGAGGAGUGGGGACUGCUAGACGCGUCACAGAAGGAGCUGUACUGGGAUGCGAUGCUGGAGAAGUACGGGACGGUGGUCUCCCUGGGUGAGAAUCUGGGCUCCCCUGGUUGCCGCAUCCCACCCCCACCGUCCCCUUGCAUGCUUUGGUCCAGUUGCCAUUACCGGCCCAGGGAACUCAGCAACAUCAGCAAGCACCUGGGGAUGCCGCUGCCCAGGCCUGAGGUGUACAGCGUGACUGAGCCAGAGGAUCCACAAGCGGAGGCCAGGAGCCACCCGGUCCUCCCCUCUGGAGUUGAGGGUGGGAGCCCAUGUGAGACGGCCCUGGGCUGGGGAGGAGCCUGGCCACUGCCAUCAGGGCCCCAAGGCCAGAUCUCCUCUCCACAGCCUGGGCGGGAGCCAGCGGCAUCCCGAAGGAAGUCCUAUAGGUGUGAGCAGUGCGGCCGCAGCUUUGACUGGAAGUCAGUGUUCGUCAUCCACCGGCGUCUGCAUGUGGGUGGGCAUCCAGCCAUGAGGGGUGCUGUCAGGCUGUCACCAAGCACCCGAGAGCCACACCACUGUGCCCGGCGUGCGCCCACAGGCCCACGCAGCUACCCAUGUGAGGAGUGUGGGCGCAGCUUCAGCUGGAAGUCCCAGCUGGUCAUCCACCGCAAGAGCCACGUUGGCCAGCGGCGCCACUUUUGUGGUGAAUGUGGCCUUGGCUUUGACUGGAAGUCCCAGCUGGUCAUUCACAGGAAGAGCCACCGGCCUGAGGCCCCAUGA